GGACUAGUAUGUCGGUUAGAACCAAUGGCGUCCAUAAUGGAGGGUCUUCAAUGCCACAUUAAUUGCUUUUCAAUGUCCAACUGAUAGAUGAUUUCUAUACCAAAAAUGAGGGAUUUUCCACUUGUAUAGGAUUCCAUUAAAUAGUGCCAUUCCACCCUCCAAACCCCACCCCCACCCCUGGCAUUUGCAGGGAUGGAACUGGUGGUGGAGACUCCAGGCUGGAGGCUGCCCAUGAAAACCAGAUGAGGCUGGAAAGGGGAGGCUGUGGGAUGAUGGAGGUGGUUCACCAGCUGGGCUUCUGUCUUCCUCAGUCUCCCCUGGGCAGACGAAGAGCCCAUUCUAAGCCCAUUGAGGAGCCAGUGGUGCAGCCUGUUGAGCAGAAACUGGAAGACCCUCAGGUCUCUGGGGAGUUGGGCACGGAGGUGACAGGCAGGGGCGGCAGGAAGCCUGGAGAAAUUCUUUCCCCGCCUGAGUGGAGAUCUGAACUCCCAGCCAUCGAUCCAGAGUGUGCCAGCCUCAUGCCACUUGACUGCCAGCCUCAUGCUGCUUUGGUCACCAUGAUACCUCUGCCAAAGCCACCUUCUUCAGAGCCAAAGCUGGGCCUCCAACCAGAACCCACGGUCAAGUUCCUGUUUACACUCCUGAGCGAAGUGGAGCCCCCUGAGCCGAAAGACCCUAAAGAGGACUUGGCGAUCCAGGAGAGCAGGUUCCUGGAUGAGGAAGACUGGGGCGCCCAGCAAACCUUGAAGGAAAUUAGCCAUUUGCAGAAUGCUUGCAUGAGGCUUCAGGAGUCGCUGAGCAGUAUUCAAGCAGAUAACCUGGCCUUGGGGGAGAAGCUGCAAAACCUGCCCAGCUUGUUGUAUGAGAUCCUGAGGGAGGAAGUAAAGACUGUCCAGGAAGAAGGGAAGGCCGUCCAGGAAGCAGGGCUGUUUCAGGUGGACAGGCAGCCCCAUGGCGAGUGGUGA